GGACUGACUGCAUGGACAUAGCGAAAACUUUGUAACAGCUUUGAAAACGGCAGGAGAGAUUUCCUUGUUCAGUGUCGUCUUAGUGUAAAUAUCUUUUUGGUUGUUAUAGGACGGGCGAUUGCUUAUGGUUCAAGGCAGAAAGAGAAUGCAUAUCAAAAGUUAACUGCCAGUGUCAAUUCAGUUUUCCGGAACGGCGGAAGCUGUAGCGGAACACAGCACUAGCAGACGACGUUUUAGUUGUAGUAGCAUUUCGUGUAGGCUAAUGACGACCUUCAAGGGACGAUAAGACAUUAUUACCUUAGCUAACUGAAGUCUACCCUACAUUCGUGAUGUUGAGAAGGUUGUGUAAGGACCCCAUCACCCAGAGUCAGAAGUUAUGGAGAGUUGUCUCCCCUCGUUGGAUGUCCAGCUCCAGUGGUCAGCAAGAAGAGCUCACUGAGGGGGAGAAAAGGCUGCGGGAUAUCCUCAAGGCGAAGUUCCCAAAGGCAUCAGGAGUGGAGGUGACGGAUAUAUCAGGAGGAUGUGGAGCCAUGUACGAGGUCUGUAUAGAAGCAGAGGAGUUUCGUGGUCAUAGGACGAUCAAGCAGCACAGGAUGGUGAAUGAGGCUUUGGAAGAAGAGAUCAAAAUGAUGCAUGGUUUGAAGAUAAACACAGCCGUUCCCAAAUCCUGACAACUUUGGAAGGCCAUGAGAAGUAACGGUGUAAUUCUUGUGUAGUGGAUGAAAAUUUGUACCGACACAGUUUGAUGUUAUACUUUUAUAAUAUGCUCCACAGAGUGGUUGUGUGAGAUAAGGCUCAGGAUAUAGUAAACAGUUAAUGUAUACCAUAUUUCACCUGAAGUUAAGUAUUUUCAAGUGACGUAUAUUACCUAAUUCUGGUUGAUUGAUUCACGGUAUAAUUCCACUUAGGAGGGUUUUUUUUCAGAAGUUUGAUAAAUUUCUUUUCAGAAAAGCCUUUUGGCAUCAAAAUUAAGUAUCAUAUUUUAAGGCCUUUAUAUGCUUCUGAAAAUACAUUUUUACAUACAAACUUUAGGUGAAAUACAAUAUCUCAAUCGCUGGAGACUCAUACCAGACUGGAUUAUUCCUGCGAAAUAAAGUCUUUUCAAGAUAAUAUGAGCGGCUAAUAAAUAUAUAUUUAAAUGACGUACAUAGAGUUGAUACCUUAGCAUGCGAUUACAUGCAGUCAGGUAAUUUUCUGUUUACCAGCGUGAUAUGUCUGCGGAUACAUUGUCAAGUAUAUGCAUACAUGUGUAUAACUUUUCUGUGACAGUCCUGCAUGUACAGUGAAAUUAAUGAGAUUUAAUUUGCUGCUAACUAACCUGUUUGUAGAAAAUAAAAUGAAAUAAAACCAUCCAGCU